AUGCACGGGUCCAUCGAAACGCUCUUUCCCACGCUCCUUCGUCAAACCUCACGAACUGCAUUAUCACGACGAUCCUCCUCACCAAUGCCCUGUCGAAUGGCACUUCUCUCUCGCCAAAAACUCGACAAAGAAACCUCAACCAAAAGUCCUGAUCUGCGUCGUUGUCUCGGCCAUAACCGGAUUCUCCGCCGGUCGAUGGAAAUCGCCCACGAAGACAUGAAGAAAGCGAUGAUGACGAUGCGAGUGGACGACGGCCCUCUCGAUGCCAAGAUGGAGACGCCGCCGAUGUCCAUCCUUCGAGACCAGAUCGCCAGUGCGCUCAAAGCCGUCGUGCGACGUCGGAUGCCGAGUGAUCACGACGCAAAAGCAGUGGAGUUGACUCGUGUCGAGUCGAACGGUCCUCAGUCGGGGGAGGCGCCGUCGGUCAAGACAGCCUCGGUUUCUUCCAGAUCACGCAGAUAUGCGGCGAAGUUCACGUUUGGGCGGAAGUGGGAGCCGUCUCCGGUUCAGUUGGUGACUUGA